UCGCGCUCGCCUGCCGGCGCCCACAACCUCUCUCCACGCCCGAGAGCAGUCUCCGUCGCGGCCGUUCUCCAUGCGCAGCGCGCACUCGAGGAGCUAGAAGUUAGCUUGGAGAGGCGCCGGACCGUGGAUGGCCUUGACUGACGGCGGCUGGUGCCUGCCGAAGCGCUUCGGGGCCGCGGCCGCGGACGCCAGCGACUCCGGAACCUUUCCAGUGCGGGAGCCUUCCACGCCGCCUUCCCCCAUCUCCUCCUCUUCCUCCUGCUGCUCCCGGGGUGGGGAGCGUGGCCCCAGCGGCGCCAGCAACUGCAGGACGCCGCAGCUCGACACGGAGGCGGCGGCGGGACCCCCGGCCCGCUCGCUUCUGCUCAGCCCGUACGCCUCUCAUCCCUUCGGGGCUCCCCACGGACCUUCGGCGCCCGGGGUCGCUGGCCCCGGGAGCGCCUUGUCGAGCUGGGAGGACCUACUGCUCUUCACUGACCUCGACCAGGCCGCGACCGCCAGCAAGCUGCUGUGGUCCAGCCGCGGCGCCAAGCUGAGUCCCUUCGCACCCGAGCAACCCGAAGAGAUGUACCAGACCCUCGCCGCUCUCUCCAGCCAGGGGCCGGGCGCUUACGACGGCGCGCCCGGCGGCUUCGUACACUCAGCAGCCGCCGCCGCCGCAGCCGCCGCCGCGGCCAGCUCCCCGGUCUACGUGCCCACCACCCGCGUGGGCUCAAUGCUGCCGGGCCUGCCGUACCUGCAGGGGGCGGGCAGCGGGCCCGCCAACCACGCGGGCGGCGCAGGCGCGCACCCUGGCUGGCCUCAAGCCUCGGCCGACAGCCCUCCGUACGGCAGUGGAGGCGGUCCGGCGGGCGGCGGGGCGGCGGGGCCCGGGAGCGCCGGCUCCGCCGCGGCGCACGUCUCUGCGCGCUUCCCGUACUCGCCCAGCCCGCCUAUGGCCAACGGCGCGGCUAGGGACCCCGGGGGCUACGCUGCAGCUGGUGGCGGGGGAGCCGGAGGCGUGAGCGGCGGCGGCGGCGGCAGCUUGGCGGCCAUGGGCGGCCGCGAGCACCAGUACAGCUCGCUGUCGGCCGCGCGGCCGCUGAACGGGACGUACCACCAUCACCACCACCACCACCCGAACCCCUACUCGCCCUACGUGGGUGCACCGCUGACCCCCGCAUGGCCCGCAGGACCCUUCGAGACCCCAGUGUUGCACAGCCUGCAGAGCCGCGCGGGAGCCCCGCUCCCGGUGCCGCGGGGCCCCAGCGCAGACCUGUUGGAGGACCUGCCCGAGAGCCGUGAAUGCGUGAACUGCGGCUCCAUCCAGACGCCGCUAUGGCGGCGGGACGGCACCGGCCACUAUUUGUGCAACGCCUGCGGCCUCUACAGCAAGAUGAACGGCCUCAGCCGGCCCCUCAUCAAGCCGCAGAAGCGCGUGCCUUCUUCCCGGCGGCUUGGACUGUCCUGUGCCAACUGUCACACCACAACCACCACUUUGUGGCGCAGAAAUGCCGAGGGCGAACCUGUGUGCAAUGCUUGUGGACUCUACAUGAAACUCCAUGGGGUGCCUCGACCUCUUGCUAUGAAAAAAGAGGGAAUUCAAACCAGGAAAAGAAAACCUAAGAACAUAAAUAAGUCAAAGGCUUGCUCUGGUAGUAGCAAUAAUUCUGUUCCUAUGACUCCAACUUCCACCUCUUCAAACUCCGAUGACUGCGGCAAAAAUACUUCCCCUACAACACAACCGACAGCCUCAGGGGCGGGCGCCUCGGUGAUGUCUGGCACAGGAGAGAGCACUAAUCCCGAGAACAGCGAGCUCAAGUACUCAGGUCAAGAUGGGUUGUACAUAGGCGUCAGCCUGGCCUCGCCGGCCGAAGUCACAUCUUCGGUGAGACAGGAUUCCUGGUGUGCCCUCGCCCUGGCCUGAGCCCACUGCCCAGGAGCAGGAGGCCGCAUGGCCUGUGGGCAUUGGGUCAAGCCGGCCACACCAGGGGGAGCAUGCUGAUGGAACAUUCCUCUGAUGUGUGAUUUCCGUGCCUUUACUUUGAAAGAGAUGUAUUUUCCUUUCCCUCGAGGCCUGCUCUGCCUUACCACCCUACCCCCGUCUCUGAAGAGCCCGAGAAAAGACGGAGAGCUUCCAGGGAAGGGCUGGUGCAGCCCACAGCCUGUUGCCUCCUCCCUGCCCACGGCCCCUUCCAGCCAGCCUGCCUCUGGGCCUGCCAGGGGCACCUCAUGUCUGCCGCGCCACUUCCUGAAACUGGGACUAGGACUGGGGCCUUGCCUGCGAAGGAAUAUUGAGAGAAAAAUUUUUUUUUGAAAAGGUUUUAUGUGUAUUGCCCCAAAUCACGUGCUUCUUCUGAUUGGUUUUGGUUGUUCAGAAUUUCUUCGUACCUUUUCCACACCUGAAUUUCACCUGCUUUCAUGGAGAAGACCAUUUGAGGCCAUUUGGUACACACACCUCUGGAGGCUGAGUCAGAACCAUGACUCAGUUCGCAAGACUGCGUUAUGACUAAUGUACACUGUGACUGACGUUCUCUCAAAGUGCAUAUUGUGUGACUGAUCUGCAGUCAGUCGGGAUUUGUAAACAGGGUAGCAAACAAGAUAUUUUUCUUCCAUGUAAACAAUAAUUUUUUAAAAAGUGCAAUUUGCGUUGCAGCAAUCAGUGUUAAAUCAUUUGCAUAAGAUUUAACAACAUUUUUUUAUAAUGAAUGUAAACAUUUUAACUUAAUGGUACUUAAAUAAUUUAAAAGAAAAAAAUGUUAACGUAGACAUUCUUAGCCUUCUUCUACAACUGCAUCCCAUUUCUAUAUUUCCAUUUGUGAAAGAAAAAAUAUUUCAAGAACAAAUCUUCUCUCAGGAAAAUUGCCUUUAACCAUCUGUUAAGAAUUUUUAUACAAGAACACCAGGAUCCCCUCUUCAUUCUUACUGUGGAAUACGUGCUGGAAAAAUUGCAACAAAACUUGACUACCUAACAGAUAACAUUUGUAAAUAUUCUAGGCAUCUGUACACACUACGAUGAAGUCUAUAGCGUGACUGACCCACAGGCAGGUUGGUUUACAUUAAUUUUUUAAAAAAAAAUGGGAUGGCGUAUGGAAACAUUUCUCCAAAGUUUCAAAAAUAAAAAGGGUAUUGUUUUGUCUUCUGU